AUAAAUGCUUUGUUGAUUAUUUAUCAUAUAAGGGCAAUGGGAUCGUGAGAGAGAUAAGAUUAUUAGAGUAGAAUAUAUUUAUGAGUACAAUUGUUUGCAAAUUAGAAGGAGAAAUGAUAGUUUGACUAUACUUGAAACCAUGGAAAGUAUCUUGCGGCACAUUGUAUGAUAGAGACUGUAGUUGGCUGAAAGUGAUGCAUGAUGAAAAAUGAUAAGUGGUAAACAAAAGUAUGAGAAAUAAUCCCCUACUCAAACUUCAAUGAGUAUUAACAAGAUUCAAUGUUGAGUGUGGUUUGUGCCAAUGCAAGGUUUUGAUGUGGCAGUUGGAACAUGGAACAACACCCCCUCGAAUUUUUAACAUAAAAUAUGAUUUUAAUACAUUAGUAAGGCACAAUAUAUUUUCACAGGUCAAAUAUAUGUGUAUCAAUAUGAAUAUGAAUAUAAACAUUUCUAUAUUUUUUAUGGUCAGAACAUAUGUUCAUCAAGGCAAUAGAGAAUCGUUUGGAUGUCACUUCAAAAUGAUCACUUUUUGACCUACAUACACAUCUUUUGUGUUCAUCAUAACCACCCAAAAAAUUGAAACAAUAGUUUUAAGCUUUUAAAUCACAUACUAAUAAACCAAAAAUAAAAAAUGUCAAAAUUAGACAUACCAUUUAAAAACUUUAAUAGACAAAAUUAAAUUAAGGUGGGUGGAUGUUGAGAUCCUUCCCCUAUAUGCUAGUUUAACUUACCAAAGAAAACCUAGGGGAAGUGCUCAAGUUACUAUUCAUGUUCCAAUAAUUGUUCGCUCCUUGCACACCCAACCCCCCAAUUACUAACUUUAAAAAAAAAAAAAACUAAAAGCUCAUUACUAAAGUUCACAUGUACCAAUAGCCACUUAUUUUUUAGCUUUUUGAACCAUAUUUGGCCCAUUUGUGCAUCUUUAUUGGUACCCAUAGUGCAAGAUUACUGGGGCAUUUGUGCAUAAGAAUUGUCAAUUUUAAGUGCAUGGUUAUUGGUACAUCUUUAAGCAAGUAUCAGGGCACACUUUGAAAUGUGUACUUUUUGACCCUUGUGCCCAUACCAGAUCCCACAACAUGCAUUAAGAUUCAUUAUAAAAUGCUUGGAGUCCAUGCACGCUGUCGGUACAGCAGUAUUGUGAGCCAUGUAGGAACUUUUUAAGGAUGUUUCCUAUCGAACAUCCCUUACAAGGGAACGGUGUACUGCUGCUCCUUACAGCUGCCCAUUUCCCUCGUCUUUAACUUCAUGACUUGCCUGUGACUUUGUUUUACAAGUCAAUAAUGCCAUUGUCAUUGGUAAAACUCACCCAAUCCCAGCGAUCACGGCGAUCUUGCGCAUAUAUGUGUAGUUACGUUUGAGGCUUUUGUGAACGCAGAAGAAGACGAGGGCCAAUUCUUCCUUUCCCAACCUCUGCAAAGGAACAAUGUUUCUUCCUUUGCUGUUCCUGAUGAUUUUCCCUUUUUACCUCUGUGAGUACCGAUGGUCUAUCUGCGAUAAUUCCUCAACUUACACAGAGGGUAGUACAUAUUCCACAAACUUAAAUCGAGUUAUCAAUGAUCUGUCUCGCAGUGCACCUCAAAGUUCAGGGUUUAAUACCUCUUCCCGUGGCCAAUCUCCCAAUAAAGUUUAUGGCCUACUACAGUGUAUGGGCAAUAUAUCAGCAGCGAAAUGCUCAAAUUGUUCAAUGGAGGCAAAUAGCACUAUUCAAGAAGUUUGCGGCAACGACAUAGGUGGGCGAGUAUGGAUAGAUUACUGCUUCUUGCGCUAUGACAACUCCAAUUUCAUUUCAACAUUAGAUACCAGUAUUCUCUCCUGGCGAACGAGAAGACUGACAAAAAAUACGCAGGAUUUCAUCUCCACGACCUCUGCUCUUCUUUCCAAUUUGUCUGAAAAGGCUUACAGCCCUGCUAAUAAUCUAUUUGCUGUUGGAUCAGUCAAUUAUUCAACUUCGGAUACGAUAUACGCCUUAGUUCAGUGCUGGAGAGAUAUAUCAAUCAAAGAUUGUAGAUCCUGUUUGUUUCAAGGAAGGCAACAGUUGGAGCAGUGCUGUUCUUCAAAGCAAGGAGCUCAGGCUUUGUCAGGGAGUUGCACAGUAAGAUUUGAGAUAUACCCAUUUGUUGAAUUCGGAGAUCCAUCAUCAUCGCCCUCACCAUCCCCUGAGGCUCCAGCACCACUUCCCGCAACACCCAAAUUAAGCUCUCCGCCGGCAGCCCUUGGUCCUUCUAAGCCAAGUUCCCAGGCGAAAUCAAAGAAAUCCUCAAAAACAUUACCAGUAGUACUGGGGCUUGUGUUAGGCGUGGUUAUGGUGUUAAUCAUUUCUUUAAUUGCUUUGAGAAAAAGAGCGAAAUCUGUCAUUUUGAGGAGGCCAUUAAAUCCAGAGAGGCAUACAUUUUCUCCUCAAUCCGGGUUACUUCAACAGGAACAACCUUUUAUCUUUAGCUUAGAGGAACUUGCAGAAGCUACUGGAAAUUUUCAUGACAAUAAUAAACUUGGAGAAGGGGGUUUCGGUGCGGUAUACAAGGGAAGAACUAAGGACGGAAAGCAAAUAGCAGUGAAAAAAUUGUCUGCAAAGUCUAACCAAGGUAAGGUAGAAUUUAUGAACGAAGUGAAGCUCGUGGCCAAUGUUCAGCACCGAAAUCUUGUGAAGCUGGUGGGAUGUUGCGCUGAGGGAGAUGAAAGGUUGCUUGUUUAUGAAUACUUCCCCAACAAGAGCCUUGACACCUUUCUUUUUGAUCCAGAAAAGCGCAGACAGCUGGAUUGGGAAAAGCGUUAUAACAUUAUUAUUGGAAUUGCCCGUGGCCUUCUUUAUCUGCAUGAGGAUUCACAGAUGAGAAUUAUUCACAGAGAUAUUAAAGCGAAUAAUAUUUUGCUUGAUGACAAGCUCAAUCCAAAGGUAGCUGAUUUUGGCCUUGCCAAAUUUUUUGCUGAAGAUGAGUCGCAUAUACAAACACGAGUUGCAGGCACAUAUGGUUACAUGGCUCCAGAGUAUGCAAUGCGAGGGCAGCUUUCUGUGAAAGCCGAUGUUUAUAGCUUCGGAGUUCUACUGCUUGAGAUUGUGAGUGGAAGAAAAAACACAGAGAACCAUUUACCCCAGGGGAUGCAAUAUUUAUUAGAAUGGGCCUGGAGACUUUACAAAGGGGGAAAUAUUAUGAGCAUAGUUGAUUCAACAGUAUCAGAAAGAUGCCCUGAGGAGCAGGCAUUGAGAUGCAUUCAUGUUGGGUUUGUAUGUGUUCAAGCUGAUGCAGCACUUCGUCCACCCAUCUCUAAUGUUAUGAUGAUGAUCUCCAACAGUUCAGUGACACUACCAAACCCAACAAAGCCUGCUUUCCUAAGUAGUACCGAGAGCCAUGCUUCAAAAUUAAGAUCAAAGUCAAGCUCAGGGGAUGAGGAAAUUGACAAGGAAAUGGCAUCGCAGACAUUUGAGACGACGACUGCAUUUGCACCAAGUGUUCAUUCAGUAAAUGAAACCUCACUCACUGAAAUGGGUCCAAGGUGAGCCUAAAUAAACGGGGACACAGGAUUCUAUGUGCAGAAAUGAAACCCUGCCUCCAUUCGCACUCUUCUGACCAGUCAAUACUCAGCUAUCACUCCGUCUUUUCACCUAUGCUCAAAUAAUCUGUGUAAGAUGUAAAUUCAUUGUCAGUUUUUUUUUUUUUAAUUGAAUCAAGCUGUAAUGGAAAGAUUGCAUCUUAGAAGGAAUCAAGAAUAAAGUCCAAAAAAGAAGAGGCAUAAAUAAUAUCAGCUCUGAAGGAGCAUUGGUAUUGCAUAUA